AUGGCUCCGUGCCGCAGGGGCCGCGGCGGGCGGGAGAUUUCGGUGUUUUUGUCCGGAUGUCUGCUCCUAUCCGCCACCGCCGCCAAGGUGUGCAACGACUACACGCGGCACGGUGCGGACACCGCCUGGUCCUCUAAAGACGUGCCGAUCAUGGUGCUGAUGCCGAUGAACGAGUCGGCGCUGAUGAGCAGCAUCAGCCAGGGCAUCGAGCCCGCCGUGCAACUCGCCAUCCGGCACAUCCGCGAGUCACAGCAGUACUCCUUCUCACUCAUCACCAAAAUCUACGACACCGAGUGUGACAAUGCAAAGGGAUUAAGGGCCUUCUUCGACGCAAUCUGCUAUGGUCCCAAACAUUUAAUGAUCUUUGGAGGAGUGUGUCCAUCAGUGACGUCUAUUAUUGCUGAGUCAUUAGAGGGGUGGAACCUCGUGCAGCUAUCUUUUGCCGCAACGACACCAGUCCUGGCAGAUAAGAAGAAAUACCCUAACUUUUUCAGGACCGUUCCUUCAGACAACGCAGUCAACCCAGCUGUUGUGAAGUUCCUCAACUACUACAAUUGGACCAGAGUGGGCACCUUGACUCAGGACGUCCAGAGGUUCUCAGAGGUGCGCAAUGAUUUGACCAAUGAACUUGAGAAGGCAGAUAUCCAAAUAGCAGACACUGAGAGUUUUUCUAAUGACCCCUGUAUUAAUGUGAAGAAACUGGAGGACAAUGACGUGAGGAUCAUCAUUGGUCAGUUUGAUGAGAACCUGGCUGCGAAAGUCUUCUGUUGUGCCUAUAACCUGAACAUGUAUGGCAGUAAAUAUCAGUGGAUCAUUCCAGGAUGGUACCAAGGCAAUUGGUGGGAGCAGGCAAACUCUACCAACUGCACCACCAGGAAACUGCUUACUGCUAUGGAGGGGUACAUAAGUGUGGACUUUGAGCCUCUGAGUGCCAAACGGAUUAAAGGAAUCUCUGGAAGGACACCCCAAGAGUAUGAGCGGGAGUACACCAGAGAGCGAGAGCAAAAAGGAGUGGAGGCCAGCAAAUUUCACGGUUUUGCCUACGAUGGCAUCUGGGUGAUUGCUAAGACACUAAGCCGUGUAAUGGAGCUGCUCCGUCAGAAGCAGAGGCAUGACAUUUACCAUAACAUGACCAUGGAUGACCGGGAGGUGGGAAAGUUGGUGCUGGAUGUGAUGAACGAAACCAACUUCUUCGGAGUGACGGGUCAGGUGAUGUUCAGGAAUGGAGAGCGCAUGGGAACUAUCCGAUUCACACAGUUUCAAGAGGGCCAGGAAGUAAAGGUUGGGGAGUACAAUGCCAUUGCCGACAUCCUGGACCUUAUCAACAACACCAUCAGGUUCCAAGGUGUGGAGCCUCCCAAAGACCGGACGUUCGUGCGUCUAGAGCGACGCCAUAUCAAUGUACCACUUUACAGCAUCCUGUCCACCAUCACUAUCCUGGGCAUGCUCAUGGCAGGCGCCUUCCUAUUCUUCAACAUCAAAAACCGAAACCACAGGCUGAUCAAAAUGUCCAGUCCUUACAUGAACAACCUGAUCAUCCUCGGAGGCAUGCUGUCCUACGCUUCCAUCUUCCUCUUUGGCCUGGAUGGCUCCUUUGUCUCAGAUCAAGCAUUCGAGACCUUGUGCACUGUUCGCACGUGGAUCCUCAUCGUGGGUUACACGACAGCGUUUGGAGCCAUGUUUGCUAAGACCUGGAGAGUACAUGCCAUUUUCAAGAACGUAAAAAUGAAGAAGAAGAUUAUCAAGGACCAGAAGCUGCUGAUCAUUGUGGGAGGAAUGCUGCUAAUUGAUCUGUGCAUUCUUAUAUGCUGGCAGAUUGUGGAUCCCCUGAAGAGGACAGUGGAAAUGUACAGCUUGGAGGCGGACCCUCAGGGGCGAGAUAUGGCUAUCAGGCCCUUCCUGGAGCACUGUGAGAACACACAUAUGACCAUUUGGCUUGGGAUCGUCUAUGCCUACAAAGGGCUCCUUAUGCUGUUUGGUUGUUUCCUGGCCUGGGAGACAAGGAAUGUCAGCAUCCCUGCUCUGAACGACAGCAAGUACAUUGGGAUGAGUGUGUACAACGUGGGAAUCAUGUGCAUCAUCGGCGCAGCUGUGUCCUUCUUGACGCGGGACCAGCCAAACGUGCAGUUCUGCAUUGUAGCCCUGGUCAUUAUUUUCUGCAGCACUAUCACGCUCUGCUUGGUGUUUGUGCCAAAGCUUAUCACAAUGAGGACAAACCCAGAUGCGGCCACCCAGAACCGACGGCUGAAGUUCACCCAGAAUCAGAAAAAGGAAGACUCAAAGACAUCUACAUCGGUGACCAGUGUUAACCAGACCAACACAUCCCGCCUGGAUGGCCUGCAAGCAGACAACCAUCGCCUCAGGAUGAGGAUCACAGAGUUGGAUAAGGAAUUAGAGGAGGUGACCAUGCAGCUUCAGGACACGCCAGAGAAGACCCCUUAUAUCAAACAGAACCACUACCAGGACGUCAACAACAUCCUGAGCAUACGCAACUUCACAGACGGCAAAGAUGGUGAGAAAACUGUUCUGAAGAAUCAUCUGGAGCAGAAACCACAAGCACUGAGGGGCUCCAUGGAUCCUUCUAGAAUAAGCAGAGGCCCACUCGAGGACAUAAACUCACCAGAACACAUACAGCGCAGGCUGUCUUUGCAGCUGCCCAUCCUGCACCAUGCCUACUUACCCUCCAUAGGUGGGGUGGAUGCCAGCUGCAGUCCCAACAGCAGCCCAGCCUCAAGUCCCCGCCACAGACACAUGCCCCCCUCCUACAGGGUCAUGGUCUCUGGCCUGUGA